AUGUCCAUAGUGUAUAUUAAUAUCUUCCUAGCCUUUAUCUUAUCCUUCAUAGGACUACUCAUAUACCGAUCUCACCUCAUAUCCUCCCUACUCUGUCUAGAAGGUAUAAUACUAUCCCUAUUCGUCAUAAUAACAAUCACAAUCCUGGUAAACCACUUCACACUAGCCAGUAUAACCCCUAUCAUCUUGCUUGUAUUCGCGGCCUGUGAAGCAGCCCUAGGACUAUCACUGCUAGUCAUAGUCUCCAACACAUAUGGAACGGAUUACGUACAAAACUUAAAUCUACUACAAUGUUAA